CGUUUUCUUUCUCGCUGCGUCUCCCUUGCUUUCUGCGCUGCUCUCACUGAACCCCGUUAAUCCAUUUACUGAGCAUCAGGAGGAGGAGAGCAGCCUGAGGGAGGAGAUUACACCUGGCUUACUGUAUCUGUGUCACACCAGGUGAGAGGUGAGGCUGCACUCGUUUCACUGUCAGCUGCAUGAACUCACUAAUUCAUCCUCUAAAUGUGACACUGCAUCACUGGCAGUAGAAGCAGGUUGUAUGUUUAUGUUAAUUCAGCUGAGUUCUCUUUUUAAUUGUUUUAAAAUGUGCAGAUGUACCUGACUGAUUUCACCUUACUGCUCCUACAUCAGCUCACAGGUGUUGGUCAGUGACAGCAGUGGAAACAGACAGAAACAGGUAUUAUAGAUUUGAUUUUACACUAUGUCUCAUUCUUUUAAAAACUAAUGUUAAGAAAGAAAAACACAAGUAUACCUUUAUUAUAGUCUACUUUAAAUGUUAUUGUUGUUAAAUGUUCAACAGGUAAAUGAGCUGUUGGUUGUCAGUACAGAGGAGAGAGGGGAUGACCUCUUCUCUUAAGCACACUUGAUGGCCGGUAAGCCCCUUACCUGUGCUGCUAAAAUUAACCUCACGCACCUGCGUGCUGGUGAACCCGGAAGUGGUUUUCUUUAACGUCCGGUGUGAAGGCGGAGCUAGCCGGAGUUAGCUGGACUGUAAACAGCAGUUAGCCGUUAGCUCAGCCAGCUAACCGGGUUUGAGUGCAGAGUCGAGGAGUGAACAGUGGUGACAGGAUGGGUAUGUGCUGAUCAUGUUUAUCAAUCACUCCACUGCGUUUUAAUCAGGGACGGUGUCACUGGUCGGGAUCAUUAGCGAACGUCAGCCAGCUAGCCAGCAACUUGUGCAGUUGGACCGAUCCAAGCCAAACUCCAUUCAAAAAAGUGGCAUUUUAAAAAUAAUUGGCUGAGGGAGAAGGUAAAUACUGACUAGAACAUCUCGUAACAGCUAUGAUGAGUCAGGUGUACUUACACGUUAAUUCGGCUCCUGUGUGGAUCAUGUGUCAGCGAUUAUUUUAACUAAAAAGAGUCUAAAAAUGAAUUGUGGGCUGUGUUGUGUUGCAGCACUCGUGAGUUACUGAUCAUUUAUGCAUGUUGAAUACUGCAUUCACAGUAAUUCAUUCAUUCAGGAAAAGUCAAGUCUGAAACAGAAAAUUAACAAACACUGAUGGGGGCGUGGCCCGGUCUGAGGCUGAGAAUAACAAUAAUGAAUAUUGAUUUAAAAAGUGAUCGAUUCCACAAACUCAGCCCUUCACUGUCUAAUGGACAUGCGCCGUUUUGAAGACUGAUUUGAACUCAUGUAGAAAAUGUGUAAACCCUGGUUUUAUGAAGCAUUAAGUCACUAACAAGCAACGAAACUUUACUUACCCAUGAACAAGCACCUAAACCUUAAAUACUGUGUUUUUUGAAGGGAGUUUGGUUGUAUUCCAUUAUCACUCAAUUCUAAUCUGAUGUGAAACGUUCAAGGUCCUUCAUGCUGAGUUAAAGUCAGAUUUAUACUCAGCUGUUAAUGUCAUCAGUAUCAUCCGCAGCCUCCCCUCUCCCCCUCUCCUCCCUGCGUCUCCUCCUCCCUCCUCUCCGCCUGCUGACGGCGGCCAUGUGGCGGGUCGCCCGGCAGCGGAGCGUGAAGCAUUAUGGGAUGCUGGAGGACUUCGUUUCCCUGGUGACGGAGGCGGUGCCUGAGCUGCUGACGGACAGGCAGAGGAGUCUGCUGCUGCUGGCGCUCCGGGCCAAGGUGACCCUCGCUGACCCGGACCCUCAGGCCGUCCACACUCACCUGGACAGGAUCCGCUCCGUCUCCAAGGCGACGGAGGACGAAGAGGUGGACCAGUGGUGUUCAGCUCUGUUGACUCUGGCUGACAAACUGAGGCAGAGUCCUGCAGACAGACAGCGCCUCCUGCAGGAGGUGUUUAACCAGAGCUUCGACUCGGCGCUCCAGUCCCUCGUGUCGGACCUCUUGUCCCGGAUCGAGCAGCUGUUCCCUGUGCCCGACUUCAAACAGGCGGCUUCCUGGCUCGACGCCGCCCCCGUUGGUGUGGAGAAGUGUCUGCAGGAGGCGGACCGAGAGGAUCUGAGGGAGCUGCUGACCAAUCAGAGCUGUUCACUGGGCCAAGCGACAACAACAGGUACUGAACCACUGAGAGAUGUAGACCAGACCACAGACCAGAACAUUAAUUGUUGUUUUUCUUCAGUCGGCUGCGACACAGAGAACAUCCUUCUCUCUGCCUGGUCCCACCCCCUCGUCACCAAACCGACCAAUCAGGAGCCUCCUCCCGCCGAGCCUGACGGUCUCCCGGAUGUGGUCGGUCCGGUGCAGCUGGACGUGGAGCUGGUGAAGGUGGAGGUGGUGGUGAUGACGGAGGACGAGCAGGAGGACGUACAGGAGACCGUGAUUGGUCAGGCUGUGAUGGCGGUCGAACAGGAGGCGUCCAAUGAGAGCUCGGCUGUGGGCGGAGACGAGUGCUCAGACACACCUGUGGUCCUGGAGGUGGACAGGUUGAAGGACUCACCUGGAAACUCUGCCGACCAAUCAGAGGACACAGACCAGUCCUGCUCUGAGGUCACAGCUAAUGCCCUCUACAGCAUUUCCCAUAAUUCUCAGCGAGUGGCUCACAAGUGUCCUCAGUGUGGCAAAUGUUUCAUCUACCGUUCUCAGGUGAUCCGUCACCUGAGAACCAAUAAGUCCUGCGGGUCGGCCUUGACGCCAUCAGGAGCCGUGAACCUGCAGAGUCCACUGGGCAGCUGUGAUGAAGAGCCCCGCCCCCCAGAGCCCCGCCUCCCGGAGCCCCGCCCCCUCAGGACCCACUCAUGUUUCCAGUGCAACGCCGUCUUCAAAACCAAAGCCGAGCUCCUGUCGCACCAGCAGAGCCACCGCGCCCGCCCAGUUUACCACUGUGGACAGUGUGACAAGGAGUUCCACCACCUGUCCAGCCUCACCAACCACAAGCAGACUCACCUGGUCAGGGGAGGGUUCACCUGCAGUAGGUGCGAUAAGGUGUUUGAGUCGGCCAAGGAGAGAGACGCCCACAGACUGCAGCACCGGCUGCCAGACCUCACCUGUACGGUCUGCGACCAGACGUUCAGCUCCCAGACUCAGCUGCUCCGACACCUGCAGACCCACUCUGUGGAGGGGGCGGAGCCAUGCUACAACUGCCGCUUCUGUGACCAGACCUUCUCAGGUAACUCAGGUGGACCAGAGGGGAUCACACUGACAAAGUCACACAGUAACACAAACACAGUCUGUCUCUUCUCUCCAGGUGUGACUCAGCUUCGUAUUCACCAGCGAACGCACACUUUCCGCUCGUACCAGUGCGACCAGUGCAACAAGACGUACGGCUCUCUGACCGGCCUCCACUCUCACCGGGCCAGCCACACCGCCGAGAGCCGCUUCCUGUGCCCGCAGUGCGGCAAGCGCUUCAAGACCCGGGACGGGCUGGAGGGCCACCUGAGGACGCACACGGGCGAGCGUCCGUACCGCUGCCCCUACUGCCCCAAGGACUUCACCGCGCUCGCCGGCCUCAAUGUGCAUGUGCGACGGCACACCGGGGAGCGCCCGUACGUGUGCACGGUGUGCGGUAAGGGCUGGCCGUCUGGAGGCGACCUGCAAAAACACAUGAGGACUCACACGGGCGAGCGGCCGUACGUCUGCCAGGACUGCGGGAAGGCCUUCUCCAUUUCCUGUCACCUGACCGAACACCGGAGGAUACACACAGGGGAGAAGCCGUUCUCAUGUCCUGAGUGUGGGAAAUGUUUACGGAGGAAGUUUGACCUGAAGAAACACAUGUUGUCUCACAGCAACAUCCGUCCCUACGCCUGCGUCUACUGCCCCAAGAGCUACACCCGCAAAACCCACCUGAACAGACACCUGCUGACCCACAGGACUACAGACAGUCAGGUGGUGGCAGAGGCGGCCGACGAGUCCUGAGAGACACGUCCUCGUGUCGUGGAGAUGAGGAAAACUGUGAUUUAGUUCUGCAUGUUUUCUGAGCUUUAACUGCUCAAACAAAAGCUAAAAUAUGUGAAAGAGUAACUGUUAUUUUCUUGUAUUUGUACAUCAACACUAAUCGUUUGUAACCAGACGGUGAAAUCUGAGCGUUCAGUGUUUGUAUCUGUGCUCUGCUUCUAUAAAAGCUGCUCUGCAAAACAAA